ACUGAGUACACGUUCGUUACAAUGAUACGUCUGUGUGUCUAGCGUCAUGCUGUAGAGUUCAUUUGGUCAAUUAAAUCCCAAGGGACAGGAUAAUAAAAGAACAAUGAAUUUUUCACUUGGAUCAUGUUUCUUGUUUUUAGCAGGCUUGUCUGGGGUUUUGUCAUCAAGGGUACUGGAGCUGAGUGACAAAUUCAUUGACAUCAGCAACGAGGGGCUGUGGUUCGUGAAGUUCUAUGCUCCAUGGUGUGCACACUGCCGGCGGUUGGAGCCGGUAUGGGCGCACGUGGCGCAGACUUUAUAUAACUCCCCCAUCAGAGUGGCCAAAGUGGACUGCACUCGGUUUCCAGCUGUGGCAACACACUUCAAGAUACGAGCUUAUCCUACGAUAAUUUUCAUAAAAGGGUCAUCCCUGCAUGAGUACCAAGGAGAGAGGGAAAAGGAGGAAAUGGUGAAUUAUGCUUUACGCAUGUCUCAAUCAGCCGUGCAGAAACUUACACAUGCAGAUAGUCUAGGGGACUUAAAGGAAUCGCACCCUGUAUUCUUUGGUUUUGUAGGCAAACAACAAGGGCCAUUGUGGGAAAUAUUCGCUGUGCAUGCUGAGAAAUACCAACCCCAUUCAUGGUUCUAUGCAAUGUCACAUGAAAUAAUUAAGCAUGAAAUCAAACCACCCAAUGAAACCGCUGUGUUUGUUUAUAAAGAGGAGGAAGCGUUUUUCUUUGAUGCUACCCCAGAAUUGAUUGACAAUAAAGAAGCCUUAAAUGAAACACUAGAUAAGUGGAUUAAUACAGAACGCUUCGGAUUCUUUCCCAAGAUUACCAGAUCAAAUAUAAAUGAACUGAUGGACACAGGAAAAUAUAUUGCAAUAGUGAUUGUUGCUGAAAAUAAAUUGAACGAAAUUACGCAGACUGAAAGAGAUUUUAAGGAUAUGGUUGAAGGACUUAUCAAACAAAGGAAAAGCGAUCUGCAUCCUCGUUUCCAAUUUGGAUGGAUGGGUUCCCCAGAGUUAGCUAAUUCCAUUGCCAUGUCAGAGCUGACUGUACCCCAUCUGUUAGUGCUCAAUUCCACUACCAGCCAUCAUCACAUGCCUGAUGAUGACCCAGUUUUGAUGACUCCAGAAGCCAUUUCUAUUUUCCUUGAACAAAUUCAUAAUCAACAAGCUCCGGCUUACGGAGGUAAUAACUGGCCAGUUCGUCUAUACAGAGGUUUCUUCGAAACUAGAACAACGUUGAUAAACAUGUGGCGCGGUAACCCGGUUUUGACUGCUUUAGUGUUUGGCUUACCACUGGGUUUUCUAUCGCUUAUCUGCUACUCGGUUUGCUGUGCCGAUAUACUGGACGCUGAAGAAGAGGAAGCACCAGAUACCCAUGAGAAGAAGGACUAGUGAUUAACGUUUUAGUUUUUCUAUAAUCUCUAAUCAUAGCUACUGCAUUUACACAGUUACAAAAACUUAACAAUUUGAUACUUCUCAGGCAAUAAGUAUAUUAUAAUAAGUAGUAAGUGGAAUUUUCAUGUUACAUUAAGUUCUAGUCAUUUCUAUUUGGUUGAUCAAAUUAUAUUAAUUUUUUUGUUACUACAUAAUAUUUAUUAUUAUGUCUUCCUUGGGACUCAAUUUUCGUGAUGACAUUUACUAUGCCUAUUUUUUUCAAAAUGUGUAUUUCAAAUAAAUCUUCCAUGAC